CCGCUUGGCGCCCGCAACGCGCGGCCGCCGGCGGAAUGAGUCCUUCAGGACUCCCUGAGGAACGUAAGCGUCCCGGCCUCUAACGCCUGAGCUGGAAGUCGGGUCGGAAGGCUGGAGAUCUGCGCUCCGGCAGGUCAGACGCGGAAAGCACGCCUUUCGGGAGGGACCAUCUUUCCCCGCAGCCCCGCCCCCGCUCCCGCUCCCAGUGUUCCCGGUGCUUCAGUCGGGCGCAGUCCUCACGGAGUCGAACCCGCGGAGAACCGGACCUGCGUACUACAACUCCCAGAAGGCCUCGCUGCCAGGCCGCCGGGGGACCCUUGGAGAUCCGCAGGGGCUGGGCCUCAAUGCGAACGGCCUGUCAAUCCUCCAGCGGACGUGGCGUACGGCGCUGCCGGAAGUUCCGGGAAGUGGGCCCCAGGUCUGGCUCGAACUUCCGCGUUGGUCGCGCGCCUUCCUGCGGCUAAGAUGGCGGCCGAGCAUCCCGAGCCUCCCAAAGGAGAGUUGCAGCUGCCGCCGCCGCCACCUCCUGGGCACUAUGGCGCUUGGGCUGCCCAGGAGCUUCAGGCCAAAUUGGCAGAGAUCGGAGCUCCGAUCCAGGCAGGGAGUCGCGAGGAGCUGGUGGAGCGGCUACAGACCUACACCCGCCAGACGGGCAUCGUGCUGAAUCGGCCAGUUCUGAGAGGUGAAGAUGGGGACAAAGCUGCUCCCCCUCCCAUGUCGGCACAGCUUUCUGGGAUUCCCAUGCCACCACCACCCAUGGGACUCCCCCCUCUGCAGCCUCCUCCACCACCCCCACCACCUCCACCAGGCCUUGGCCUUGGCUUUCCUAUGGCAGUUGGGCCCCGCCCACCAAACUUGGGGCCACCACCUCCUCUCCGGGUGGGUGAGCCUGUGGCUCUGUCAGAGGAGGAGCGGCUGAAGCUGGCGCAGCAGCAGGCAGCAUUGCUGAUGCAGCAAGAGGAGCGUGCCAAGCAGCAGGGAGAUCAUUCACUGAAGGAACAUGAGCUCUUGGAGCAGCAGAAGCGGGCAGCUGUGCUUCUGGAGCAGGAACGGCAGCAGGAGAUUGCCAAGAUGGGCACCCCAGUGCCUCGGCCCCCACAAGACAUGGGCCAGAUUGGUGUUCGUACUCCUCUGGGUCCUCGAGUUGCUGCUCCAGUGGGCCCCACUCCCACUGUUUUGCCCAUGGGGGCCCCGGUUCCCCGGCCUCGUGGUCCCCCACCACCCCCUGGAGAUGAGAAUAGAGAGAUGGAUGACCCCUCUGUGGGACCCAAGAUCCCCCAGGCUUUGGAAAAGAUUCUGCAGCUGAAGGAGAGCCGCCAGGAAGAGAUGAACUCUCAACAGGAGGAAGAGGAAAUGGAAACAGACACUCGCUCGUCACUGGGCCAGUCAGCUUCAGAGACUGAGGAGGACACCGUGUCUGUAUCCAAGAAAGAGAAAAACCGGAAGCGUCGGAACCGAAAGAAGAAGAAAAAGCCCCAGCGGGUUCGGGGGGCGUCAUCUGAGAGCUCUGGGGACCGAGAGAAAGAGUCAGCCCGGUCCCGUGGCUCUGACUCUCCAGCAGCUGACGUUGAAAUUGAGUAUGUGACUGAAGAACCUGAAAUUUAUGAACCCAACUUCAUCUUCUUCAAGAGGAUUUUUGAGGCUUUCAAGCUCACUGAUGACGUGAAGAAGGAGAAGGAGAAGGAGCCAGAGAAACUUGACAAACUGGAGAACUCUGCGGCCCCCAAGAAGAAGGGCUUUGAGGAGGAGCACAAGGACAGCGAUGACGAUAGCAGUGAUGACGAACAGGAAAAGAAGCCAGAAGCCCCCAAGUUGUCCAAGAAAAAGUUGCGCCGAAUGAAUCGCUUCACUGUGGCUGAGCUCAAGCAGCUUGUGGCUCGGCCUGACGUUGUGGAGAUGCACGAUGUCACCGCACAGGACCCCAAGCUCUUGGUUCACCUCAAGGCCACGCGGAAUUCUGUGCCUGUACCACGCCACUGGUGUUUUAAGCGCAAGUACCUACAGGGCAAACGAGGCAUUGAGAAGCCCCCCUUUGAGCUGCCAGACUUCAUCAAACGCACAGGCAUCCAGGAGAUGCGGGAGGCCCUGCAGGAGAAGGAAGAACAGAAGACCAUGAAGUCCAAAAUGCGAGAGAAGGUUCGGCCCAAGAUGGGGAAGAUUGACAUUGACUACCAGAAACUGCACGAUGCUUUCUUCAAGUGGCAGACCAAGCCAAAGCUGACCAUCCACGGGGACCUGUACUAUGAGGGGAAAGAGUUUGAGACACGACUGAAGGAGAAGAAGCCAGGAGAUCUGUCUGAUGAGCUAAGGAUUUCCCUUGGGAUGCCAGUAGGACCAAAUGCUCACAAGGUCCCUCCCCCGUGGCUGAUUGCCAUGCAGCGAUAUGGACCACCCCCGUCGUACCCCAACCUGAAAAUUCCUGGGCUGAACUCGCCCAUCCCCGAGAGCUGUUCCUUUGGGUACCAUGCUGGUGGCUGGGGCAAACCCCCAGUAGAUGAGACUGGGAAACCACUCUAUGGGGAUGUGUUUGGAACCAAUGCUGCUGAAUUUCAGACCAAGACUGAGGAAGAAGAGAUUGAUAGGACCCCUUGGGGGGAGCUGGAGCCAUCUGAUGAAGAGUCUUCAGAAGAAGAGGAAGAGGAGGAAAGUGAUGAGGACAAACCAGAUGAGACAGGCUUUAUUACCCCUGCAGACAGUGGCCUCAUCACUCCUGGAGGGUUCUCGUCAGUGCCGGCUGGAAUGGAGACCCCUGAACUCAUUGAGCUGAGGAAGAAGAAGAUCGAGGAAGCGAUGGACGGAAGUGAGACACCUCAGCUGUUCACUGUGUUACCAGAGAAGAGAACGGCCACUGUUGGGGGAGCCAUGAUGGGAUCAACCCACAUCUAUGACAUGUCCACAGUGAUGAGCAGGAAGGGCCCGGCUCCCGAGCUACAAGGUGUGGAAGUGGCCCUGGCACCUGAAGAGUUGGAGCUGGAUCCCAUGGCCAUGACCCAGAAGUAUGAGGAGCAUGUGCGGGAGCAGCAGGCACAGGUGGAGAAGGAAGACUUUAGUGACAUGGUGGCCGAGCAUGCUGCCAAACAGAAGCAAAAGAAACGGAAAGCUCAGCCCCAGGACAGCCGCGGGGGCAGCAAGAAAUAUAAAGAGUUCAAAUUUUAGGUCCCCCUCACACAUCUGGCCCUCCUUUAGGCCCUUUGUCUGGAUGCUUGGGCUUCACACAUGGUCCCCAAGAGCCAGCUCUCCCACAAUUCCCAAGGGCUCGUCAUUUCAUGUUCUUAUUUUAGACCUGUUUUGUAAAUAAAGCUGUUUCCCAAGGAAAGAGAUGCAUAUGUAA